UAUUCGUAGCUGGUUGUCCCGCUAGUUGUAUCUUGUGUAGUGUAACUCGGCACAUUUACGUUUGUCUUUCGAGUCGCUAUUCAAACGCCAAGAAGAUUAAUAGCUUUAAACCUCCUUUUUUAUUUAUUCAUUGAGUAAUUGUCGUUAAAAAACCGAGGAAAUGGAUGAAUUAGCUACCAAGCUGUUUGACAUCCAGGCCGUCAAAUUUGGUUCCUUCACAUUGAAAGGUGGACAAGUAUCACCUAUCUAUUUCGACUUUCGACUGAUUAUUUCUUAUCCCGCUAUUUUGGAAAAAGUGGCAGGGUUACUGUGGAAAAAAUGUGCAUACAAUGCAAAUGUUGAUCUUAUAUGUGGUGUUCCAUAUACUGCUCUGCCGAUAGCCACUCUCAUCUCGGUUACCAAUCGAGUACCAAUGCUUCUGAGGCGAAAAGAAGCCAAAGAUUACGGCACAAAGAAAUUGAUUGAAGGUGAUUUCAGACCGGGAAUGAAUUGCAUCAUUGUGGAAGACGUUGUUACUACAGGAACCAGUGUCCUUGAAACAGCAGUCGAGUUGAGAAAACUUGGCAUUUUAGUUACACAUGCAAUUGUGUUGCUUGACCGUAGACAAGGUGGGAAGGAAAAUUUGGCAAAGCAUGGAAUUGAAUUGAGUGCUGUGUUUCAUGUAGAAGAGAUCAUGGCAUCCUUGGAAAAACAAAGCAAAGUGGAUCACAAAGUUGCUGAAGAAGUUAUGGACUUCAUUAGAGGCCACCAGCAGUCUAUAGUGUCUCGAAAUCCUCGCCUGCAUGAGUCGCUUGAGGAACGUAGAUCCAGUUCUAAACAUCCUGUAGCAACGCGUCUGUUCGAAUUGAUGAUGGCAAAGAAGUCAAAUCUAUGCGUUGCUGCUGAUUUGACAAGUUUGGAUGAAGUCAUCAAGUUGGCAGAAUCCAUUGGCUCAAAGAUUGUUGUUCUCAAGAUUCAUGUCGACAUUCUAGAAGAUUUCUCUUUGGCUAAAAUGAAGCAACUAAGAAAGGUCGCCAAAGCUCACGAAUUUCUCAUCAUGGAAGAUCGAAAAUUUGCUGAUAUUGCUAACACAGUGCAGCAGCAGUUUCACGGAGGCGUUUACAAAAUUAGUGAAUGGGCCGAUCUGAUUACUGCUCAUCCACUUGCAGGACCAGAGAUGAUUACUCACUUGUUCGGUGAUUCUUCAUCCGAUAGCCGUCGAACUUGUGGUUGUGUUCUCAUUCUAGAAAUGAGCACCAAAAAUGCUCUCACCAGCCAAGACUACUCGAAAGAAGCCGCUAAGUGGGGCUUGAUUGCUUCCGAUAUUGUUGCUGGUUUCGUCGGACAGUCUCCACCAGAUGCUGACUUCUCUGGCUGGAUCCAAUUUACACCCGGUGUCAAUUCCGCAUCCAAGUCUGGCGAUUCCAAAGGGCAGCAGUAUUGUUCACCGGCUGAAGCGGUGCUGGAACGUGGCGCCGAUAUCAUCAUCGUCGGCAGGGGGCUGAUCAAGAGCUCCGACGUGGUGGCUACCGCGGAGAACUACCGCUCUGAAGGUUGGACCGCUCUCACUAAACGAAUCACUAAUCCUUAAUAGAUCUACUUAUUUGCCACUUUUGAAUGAGUGAUGGGAACACAAAACUGUGAUUGCUGAUGGCCGUACAAGGCGUUAUCUGCUUUAAUACAAUAUUUUGUUUGUUUUCAAA